AUUCCCUUUCUUUUCCCUGCAGCAUCCCUAAGAGGAGAGCAAGGACCAGAACGAUUUAUCCUCUUUUCACAGAUGAGGACACUGAACUGAGACAAAAGUCAUGAAGUAUGUUGAGAGCCAGGAUCUCCUAAACCAGCCCAGAGCCUGAGGCCUCCAAAAUGAAAAGGUUCUUAUAAACUCCAGGGAUGCUGCCCCAGGCUCAUCACUGACUCAAGGCCCCUUCCUCGACCCCACCCCACAUCACAGGGUCAAGUCCAAGUCCCUUUUCCACUAGGAUACCCACUCCAGCUUUUAUACCCACAGGGCUAGAGGCCUUGAGGACAUACCCUCCAAAUAGUCCUAGGUCUCUCAGUAUAUCAGCACUACCUGGAAUCCCAAAGGGAAAGCCAGUCAACAUCCCACACUCCCCAAUGCCACAGGGCCAUUCCUAAUCCCUGCCUCAAGGGAAGCUUGUGGUACUGACAAGAACCUAAGUGUCUGAGGGAGACAGACCUGAGCUUGAAUCUCAGCUCUGUCACUUAUAUGUGACCCUGGCAAGCCACCCCCCUCCAGGAAGCCUCCACCUUCUCUAUGUACACUAGGGAUAUGACAGCUCAUAUCCCUACAGUGUGGGAUCCUGAGGAUGGGCAACAAGGGAUGUAAAGUGCCUGACACACAGUAGGAGCUCAGUGAACAGUGGCUACUGUCAUUCCUCCCGGGCCUCAGGGCUUCCCGAGUCUCCUUCCUUUCUCACCAGCCAGGCCUCAAUCCCUGUUUUCAGAGGCAAACAUUUAUCAGUCACCUACUGUUCCACAGGAAGCACCAGGCCGGCCACUGUAGGGGAUAAAUGGCAAGAUUGUGCCCUGCCUUCAGGUGCCCACCAGCCUGAGCUCCUUCCUAGUGCCACCAGGAACCAUUGAUCCCAGUCUCCUGCUGCCUCCACCCCUGCAGUCAGUCCCCCAGUCAACCUGUCACCAUGGCAGCCCUGAUUGCAGAAAACUUCCGCUUCCUAUCGCUCUUCUUCAAGAGCAAGGAUGUGAUGAUUUUCAACGGACUGGUGGCACUGGGCACAGUGGGCAGCCAGGAGCUGUUCACUGUGGUGGCUUUCCAUUGCCCUUGCUCGCCAGCCCGAAACUACCUGUACGGGCUGACAGCCAUUGGUGUGCCUGCCCUGGCACUAUUCCUCAUCGGUGUCAUCCUCAACAACCACACCUGGAACCUAGUUGCCGAGUGCCAGUACCGGAGGACCAAGAACUGCUCAGCUGCCCCCAACUUCCUCCUCCUAAGCUCCAUCCUGGGCCGUGCGGCUGUGGCCCCUGUCACCUGGUCUGUCAUCUCCCUGCUGCGCGGUGAGGCCUAUGUCUGUGCUCUCAGCGAGUUCGUGGACCCCUCCUCACUCACGGCCGGGGAAGAGGGCUUCCCACCAGCCCACGCCACAGAAAUCCUGGCCAGGUUCCCUUGUGGGGAGGGCCCUGCCAACCUGUCAGGCUUCCGGGAGGAGGUCAGCCGCAGACUCAAGUACGAGUCCCAGCUCUUCGGGUGGCUGCUCAUCGGCGUGGUGGCCAUCCUGGUGUUCCUGACCAAGUGCCUCAAGCAUUACUGCUCGCCACUCAGCUACCGCCAGGAGGCCUACUGGGCGCAGUACCGCGCCAACGAGGACCAGCUCUUCCAGCGCACGGCCGAGGCGCACUCGCGGGUGCUGGCUGCCAGCAACGUGCGCCGCUUCUUCGGCUUCGUGGCACUCAACAAAGACGAUGAGGAGCUGGUUGCCAAGUUCCCAGUGGAAGGCACACAGCCUCGGCCACAGUGGAACGCCAUCACCGGCGUCUACUUGUACCGUGAGAACCAGGGCCUCCCACUCUACAGCCGCCUGCACAAGUGGGCCCAGGGUCUGGCGGGCAAUGGCACAGCCCCGGACAACGUAGAGAUGGCCCUGCUUCCCUCCUAAGGGGCCUGUUCCCACGCUCUUUGCAAAUGACAGAACUUGGUCCCAAACUGAACCCCACUGCCAGCUCAUAUCAGCAUCUGAAGAUUUUUUUUUUUAACCAUAGCUUUUUGGGCAAACAGGCCAGGAGAAAGGCACACAAGGUAACCUAGGGUGCGGAGGAGAGCUAGCAGACAACAUAGUCAGCUCAGACAGGAAGGCUCUCAGACCUGAAGAAACCCCUCUCCUGUUGCCACCAGUCACUUGGUCAACAGCGUUGGUGAAAAGACCCUUUCCCGGAACUGGUCCUUCAUUAACUACAAUGUGGAUGACCUUUUACUGGUGGGACUCCCAGGCUGGGAAGCCCUGCCAGCAGAGCCAGGUGACAAUGAAACUCACCAGUAGGCUCCUCGUAUAGGAUAUUGUGCAGUUAAUUUGUGUGGAAUUACAUACAGACAGCUGCCUUCCAAUGUAUGCCUCUGGCUUUACUUUGUAUACUUAAAUUUUUGAUAAAGCUUUUCUUAGUAUAAAGGACUAUCUUGGUGUCUGCAUGAUUGGAUAAGCCAUGCCACAGCAGGCUGGUAGUCAUGGGGACAGGCCCAAAUCCUAUCCCUUGUGGGAGGGAAGGGGACAGAGAGACUCCGGGCAAGACUAAAAUGGACGGAUGGGAGGGCAAGGGUGCAGGGAGAGCCAGGUGCUCCCUCCCACAUGUGGGAAGGCCUUGGGGUUGAUGAUCCCUUGGCAACUGGAUUCAGUCAUCUGAUUUGAUCUGGGAGACAGACAGAGCCUGGCCUUUCUCAGAGGGAAGCUCAACUUAAAUUUCAUGAA